AUGGUGAUGGCCAUGGACAGCUUGUUUUGCGACCCUGUAAAAUACACCGAACACAAGAAAAUCACCAAAACGACGGCGGCCGUUAAACCCUCCAAACAGAGCCUCAAGAAAAUACACCGAACACAAGAAAAUCGCCGGAAUUUCCGAGAUCUCGACGAGGCCCCGAAAAUCGUCCGUAUUUCCGUCACCGACCCCUACGCCACCGACUCGUCCGACGACGAGGGGAUUCUCCGCCGGCGGCGCGUCAAGAAAUACAUCACCGAGAUCAGAGUGGACGCCGCCUCGGUCCGGGAUAAUGAGGUGAUGGAGGGUCCGGUUAUUAAUGAGGUGAGCCGGCCCGUCUGUUUCCCCGAACCGGUUCAGCCUGUGAAGGAGUGUCAAGGUGAAACAAGUGUGGUGCCCGAAUACUCUAAUGAGUACUUGCCCAUGGACUUGCCAUUCUUGGAUUCCUUCUUCAAUUUUCAACCGCAGGAUGAAAAGUUGUUUGAUGACGUGCCGAGCUUGGAAGAUUCCGAUGAGUUUGCAAGGUGGGCCGAUCACAUUCCGAUUGAGGAUUCGUUUCAAGAUCUCGAGUGGGUCAACGUCGACGAAUACUUUCAAGACGAUGUUGCUAGCGGAGAUGGGCUCUUAGUCCUAUGA